AUGGCGGACAACUAUCAGGUGCUAGAGGAGCUGGGGAGUGGAAGCUUCGGAGUGGUUUACAAAGCUAUUGAGAAGUCUACAGGCGAGAUGGUGGCCAUCAAGCAUAUCGACCUCGAGGGCGGCGACGACGACAUCCGAGAGAUACAGCAGGAGAUUGCAUUGCUGAGCACAUGCGCAAGUCCCUUCGUCACGCAGUACAAGACAAGCUUCGUUCGCGGCGUCAAGCUAUGGAUAGUGAUGGAGUACCUAGGGGGAGGGUCAUGUCUGGAUCUACUCAAACCUGGUCCUUUUACCGAAGCCCAGAUAGCCAUCAUCAUGCGCGAGCUCCUCCUCGGCCUCGAUUAUCUCCACCAGACGGGCAAAAUCCACCGCGACAUCAAAGCCGCCAACGUGCUCCUCUCGAACAAAGGAAAAGUAAAGAUCGCAGACUUUGGCGUAGCUGCGCAGUUGACGAACAUCAAGUCCCAGCGGAUGACCUUCGUGGGGACACCCUUCUGGAUGGCGCCGGAAGUUAUCCAGGAGGCCGGCUACGACUUCAAAGCGGACAUCUGGUCGCUGGGAAUAACGGCGAUGGAGAUGGCGAACGGCGAGCCGCCAAAUGCGAGCACGCAUCCGAUGAAGGUGCUGUUCCUGAUACCGAAGCAACCGGCGCCGCGGCUGGAUGCGAACCGCUUCAGCAAAGAGUUCAGGGACUUCGUGGCACAAUGCUUGAUCAAGGACCCCGAUCGGAGGGCUACGGCGGAAGAGCUGCUGCGGCACCGUUUCAUCCAGCGGGCUGGAAAGGUGGAGGCGCUGCGGGAACUCAUUGAACGGAGGCAGCAGUUCGAUGCGCGGGAAGAGAGGGAGGCUUACCCGAAGUACUACGAGGAGACAUUGCAAGACAUCACCCCCACAGAAGAGAAGGAAGAAUGGGUCUUCGACACCAUCAAGCCCGCGACCAUUGCACCAACUCGUCAUACCUCCAAGCGGCGCAAGCUCACCCGCAUCCCCUCCAAUGACUGGGACAUAAACCCAGAAACCCUCAUGGAGCGCCUCGAUCUGAACGACACACCUCUAGGCACCAUGUCCCCAGCCCCAAACAUGAGCAACAUCCGCAAAGUCCGCAACACGCCCGACCGGCGGCGCUCCUCAGGAGCCAACACCGCCAUCCGCACGCCCUCAGGCGCAACACCGACAGCUCGCCGAGUCCCUUCAUCAGCAACACCAACCGCACGCCGGGUCCCAUCGUCACAGACGCCGACGUCCCGGCGAGUAAGCGGACAGGCGACCAAGCAGCCCCUAGGCCUCGACAUGUCCUUCGGCAACGGCACAUCCACGACCCGCCUAUUCCGCCGCGUCUCCGCCGAGAAAGAAAACUCCCCGAUAGCAGCAGAGCCAGCACCCGCUCUCUCACCCUCCCGCAAACCCUCGACAACCCCCUCUCUCCUCCACGACUCCACCAACCACGCCCCUCCCGCCCCAUCUCAGCCACCCAACCCCUCCACACCUUCCGCCCAUCCUCAAGACUUUACGGGCACAGUAACCCGCAUCACGAAAGAAGCCCUCCUGGGCCGCAAAGCCUACGCCAAAGCCAUCGAGCCCGCCCUCCAGGAGACGUAUGCCGCGACAGCGACGGCGCGGAAACGCGAAGCCCUCGCAGCCGUCGCACACGCAUGGAGCGUGCUCGACCGGGUCGACCCGGAGGGGGAGCUCCUGCUGCUCAAGGCGGUGGUAGAGCGGUGCAAGGGGGAGCCGAAGUUAGCUGCUGCGUUGGGUCUGGCGGCUCCGCCGAUCAAGAACCCGGCGGUGCCGGUGCUGAGUCCUUCGGCGGAGUGGGCUACGGGGGAGCAGGAGAGCCAAACGUCGACGCCGACGUCCAGCCCGACGAAGCAGAAACUGGUGCUUGCGCAGAACAAUCCGCAUCUCAAGAGCCAUCGGCGGCGGCAGUCUGCGUUCGUGGGUCCGACUGGUGGUUUCGGCGGCGGCGAAGGGAAGAAUGACGGCGGAGAGGAGGCUAGAAUGCCCGGGCAGGGGGUGGUGCCGGGACUGGAGCACGUGAGUACGCUGGCGGACGUGCUGUAUAGGCGAUGGGUUGAGGGGCUGAGGGGGAGGUGGGGGGGUGCGUAG